AUGAGUGAGUCUGCUUACAACGGCUGGAUGCAGCUCAUGCGUCAGGUUGUUCCUAAAGACAAUAAUUUGGCGAAGGAUUUUUACCAAGCAAAGAAAAAGGUACAAAGUCGUAGAGCUUCCCCAUCCCUCCCUCCAUUUCAGAUAGGAUCAUCACCAUCUACCACCGACUCUGUUAUGGGAAGUGCGGGUAUUCCUCACACUCCCUCUAACCCGAUGGGGCCGACACAGCAGGCUGCAUCCUCUGGUAGAGGUCGUAGAGCUUCCCCAUCCCUCCCUCCACUUCAGAUAGGAUCAUCACCAUCUACCACCGACUCUGUUAUGGGAAGUGCGGGUAUUCCUCACACUCCCUCUGACCCGAUGGGGCCGACACAGCAGGCUGCAUCCCCUGCAAGCGAGGUAGGAGAUGCUGCUUCGACACUUCAGCCAGAGUGGGGGAGUUGUGAUCCACAGACUAGACGUAUAUGGGUUCGUCCUUUAAGAACCACAGAGUUCGAACCUUAUAAUGAGAUCAUGAAAUUCAUUAAAGAUCAAAUAUUCCGUAAUUUUACUCAAGUAUGGAGCACCUGGAAAGAUAUUCCUGAGGACACUCAACGUGCUUGGUUGAAUGAAUUCCUUGAGCAUUAUAGGUGGUUGCCCGAGGACCGCUAUAACCUGGUAAGAGCUUGGCAUCACAAAGCCACCACAAUGUUCUCACAUAAAAUGAAUAGAGUAAGAUAUGACAUCGGCAAAAAUGCAUGGUGUAGUGAAAAUUUAAAAAUCCAAUUGAAAGAAAAAUGGAAGAACUGCCUUAAGUUUCAAAAGAGAUCUGCUCAAAAUAAGGAAAAUAGGUCCAAGCAGGAAACACCCACAUAUGCUGGAGGGUCGAUUCCAAUCAGCAAGCAUCGACAAAAUAUAGAGGCUUCUGGAGAAGUGCCACCUGAAAAGGUUGAUUGGUUUACCUUUGAGCGAACUCAUUCCCAGCAGCUUGAAGCUGGUCAAAGGCGGUGGUUAAGCCCUAGAGCGGAGCAAAUAGCGGAAAAUUAUCAAAAACUUGAAGAUGAGAGGUCCGCACAGGCGGCGACAGACGGUCAAUCCAGCUCCUCCUAUUCUGAUAAUGGGAACAUGUUGGUUAUAGCUGCAGGUGGAUUCAACAAGAAAGGAAGGGUGGUCGGGCUGGGAGGAUAUGCUAGCCGGCUGAAGCCUAGUAAGCGGCCCUCUACCCAGGUUGACAGUCUUUCUGCAGAUGGGCUUAAAAGGAUGAAGGUGUCCCACUUCCAGAUUCGGGAGCAAUUGGAUGCUGCGACAGAGCAGCUAACUCAGCAGACAGAGCAGCUAACUCAACAAGCGGACUUUAUGAAGCAGCAAGCUGAAAUUAUGAAACAAAUGCAAGAACAACUCCGACUUCUAAUGCAGGACAAGGAAGCCAACUGCAAUAAGACGAAGGGACCAGCGCCGGAUGAUGACCCUGAUGAUGAUGAUGACUUUGCUAGGACUUUAGAGGCAUACUAGUUGUUGUUUGUAUGUUUUACUUUGUUUAGGACUUCAGAGACAUAUAUCAAAUAUUUUUUGUAUGUUUUAUUUUGUUUAGAACUUUUAGUUGUAUU